AUGUCAUCAGAUGCCCCUACAAAGGGAUUUAGACUGACGCAUGUCGGUCUCCGCGUUGCGGAUAUUGAUAGAUCUGUUUCAUUCUAUACGGGUGUGUUUGGCAUGAGUGAGCUUGCCCGGAUGCCCUUGGAUACAACCACAGUUGUUUUCCUCGGGUAUCCCGACGCAGCAAGCCCAGACACCCCUCUUUUCGCCAGGGAAGGUGUAUUAGAACUUAAUUCCAAGAAAACAAUGACCGACUCCAGUGAUUACCCGGACUUCCGUUUCGUCAAGCUGGCAUUCAGUGUUCCCGAUAUGGCAAAGGCCGUGCAAUAUAUCAAAACCCACCAAGUUAAAGUUGUGAAAGAAGUUGGAUCAAGUUUGGGUUCAGAAGUGGUGGCCACGUUCUUGGGUACUGAAUCACCUGACAAGGGUCUUGAUACUUAUUUGUGGCAAGCUGCCGUGGAUAUUCCGUUUUUGGAAGACCCAGAUGGAUACCUUAUUGAAAUUAUACCUCAAUGA